AGAAAUCAUUCAUAAUGCCGAUGCGUCAAACGUUUGUACGAGGACCCUGGAAUAAAUAUGGCUGGAGUAGUUAGUCAUUUUUUCAAAAUGAAAGGAUAGAAACUAAGGAAUAGAAACGAAUCCUGGUUAUGUGUCCUUUACCUAACCUUUGAUAACUACUUUUAUUCCUUGUUCUAUAUUUAGUCUACCAGACUCUCCGUUUACAAUGAGUGGAUUAUUUCUGAAAAAUGUAUUGGUGGCAGCAGCGGUAUGUUGCUCGGUGCUGGUCACUGCGGUACUGGGGUCUCUGUUGGGGUCCCCGAUGUUAGCUCAAGAGCCGAUCCGAUGCGCUCCGUGCGCGCCGGAGAAGCUGAGCGAGUGUCCAGUGGUGGCGCAAGGCUGUAUGGAGGUUCUGAGUGAGCCGGGUUGCGGAUGCUGCCUUGUCUGCGCCCUGAUGACGGGGGAACUGUGCGGAAUCUACACGGCGCCAUGCGGGUAUGGACUGAGGUGCACCCCAAUACCCGGUGACCUCCAGCCGCUGCACUCCCUUAUUCGCAGCCAGGGGGUGUGUAUGGCGAACCCCGAGCCCGAAAGUAGCCCAAUUCCCCAAAAUCCAGUGUCAAUCACCUGCUUCACGUUCAGCCAUCCUGGCAACAGAAAGACCUUCGAUCCCCCGUCUGCCGCGGACGCGCAGGAGAGAGUGAAAGCCAAAGUCAGCGCAAUCAGGAAGAAACUGGCGGAGCAAGCUCCCUGUCAAGUGGAGUUGCAGAGAGCUCUGGAGAAGAUCGCUGAGUCACAGCAGAAGCUAGGAGACAAUCUGACCAGGUUCUACCUGCCAAACUGUAACAAACACGGGCUCUACAAAGCCAAACAGUGUGAGUCGUCUCUUGAUGGACAGAGAGGCAGGUGUUGGUGUGUGUCCUCCUGGAAUGGACAGAAGAUUCCAGGAUCCACUGAUCUGUCUGGAGAUGCAGAAUGUUCUUAAGAGAUCAACCACUGAUGCAGAACACACACACACACACACACACACACACACACACACACACACACACACACACACACACACACACACACACACACACACACACACACACACACACACA